AUCUUUUGUUCUAGUUCUUAUUUCAUAUAUUGCCUAUCCUCUUUUUCACGUUACAGGAUGGAUCUAGAUCAUUACAAUGAACAAGGCUUUAACUUCUUUUCUCAUGUAAUAAUAUCUAGUUUUGUACAGUGCAUCAUGAAGAUAUAUCCAACAAUGGUAUAUAUUGGUGCCUUUAUUCCAUCUAGACCAUAUCAGAAUCCUAUUCUAUUUUAUCCUUGGUUCCUUUGGACCUUAUUUAACUUUGAUAGAUUCAAUAUUAAGCCAGUGACAAACGCAACUCGUCUGUUCUAAUUUGUUUCUCUACUUUUAGCCCUUCCAAUUCUCUUGUUGCAGAAAUGGGUAUGGCUAUAUCCCGGCUGGUGAAAAAGCUUUUCGCCAAGCGAGAAAUGAGGAUACUGAUGGUAGGACUUGAUGCUUCUGGCAAAACAACUAUACUGUACAAGUUGAAACUUGGAGAGAUUAUUACUACCAUUCCUACAAUUGGAUUUAAUGUGGAGACCGUAGAUUAUAAGAACGUAAGUUUCACAGUAUGGGACGUAGGAGGCCAAGACAAGAUACGGCCUUUAUGGAGGCAUUACUUCAAGAACACUCAUGGACUUAUAUUCGUUGUGGAUAGUAAUGACAGAGAAAGAAUUUCAGAAGCCAGAGAUGAACUCCAUCGCAUGCUUAGCGAGGAUGAAUUACGGGAUGCAACACUUCUUGUUCUUGCCAAUAAGCAAGAUCUCCCGAAUGCAAUGAGUGCUGCUGAAAUCACUGAUCAGCUUGGCCUUCAAGCCCUGCGUCAGCGUCGUUGGUAUAUACAGAGUACUUGUGCAACAUCAGGUGAGGGACUCUAUGAAGGUCUUGAUUGGUUAUCUAGCAAUAUUUCAAACAAGGCAUAAUGCAGUUUAAUUCUACAUUUCAGUAUCUAUACGGUGUAACUGUAAGAAUGCCAAUAAUCACGUUUCGAAAAUGUUCUUCAUAUCUAGUAACCUCUCGGGUAAAAAACAUCUAUUUAUAUUUCAUGUUUUGAUUGUAGAAAGUGACUUAAAUUUCUGGUUUUGAUUGUUCAGUCGAUCGGAGCCAUUUUAAUAUCCAUAGAAGUGAAAUCAAAUGGCAUAGCCAUGACACUUUUACUGUAUAACGUCACAUUAUACCAUUACUCAAGAAAGCAUUUGUAGUUGGAACCA